AUGGCGGCGUUGGAGCAGACACCUGCUAAAGACCCGCUAGUGGAUGAAAACAACAACACCGGUGUAGAGGGUGCCGACCUGGAGGACGGGCUGGUGCCGUUUUACGAUGGCAAGUGUGUGUUGGUGACAGGUGGGACCGGCUUCCUUGGGAAGGUGUUGAUCGAGAAGCUGCUCCGAUCGUGCGAUGGUCUCAACACCGUGUACAUCCUGUUGCGACCGAAGCGAGGCCUCACGAGUGAGCAACGUUACCGGGAGUUUGUACGGCAUGCCGUGUUCGAGCGCAUCCGCUCGAAAACACCGCAACUACUGGCGAAGCUGGUGUGUGUUGGAGGUGACAUCUCGCUGCCACUGCUUGGGUUGAGCGAGCGAGACCGGCUAGAGCUGAUCGAGCGGGUACAUGUCGUCUUCCACGUCGCAGCUACGGUUCGCUUUGAUGAAGAACUCGCUGAGGCUGCCAUCCUCAACACGAUCGGGACGAAGCAGCUGCUCGAGCUGUGCACCGGUAUGAACAGGCUGCAGAGCGUGGUGCAUGUGUCGACGGCGUACAGCAACGCGUGUCGUCGUGAGGUAGAUGAGGUGGUGUAUCAACCACCGAUGGAACCUGAUCGGUUCAUCCAGUGUGUGCAGCUGUUGCCAGGUGAGGUGAUCGGUGCGAUCGCGUCUCAGCUGCAAGGAGGCCACCCGAACACCUACACGCUGACGAAGGCCAUCACGGAACAGCUGGUGUCGCAGUAUGCCGACCGAGUACCACUCUGCAUCGUACGUCCUUCCAUUGUGACGGGAGCUGUCGCUGAACCGUACCCAGGUUGGAUCGAUAACGUCCACGGUAUCACAGGUAUCAUGAUGGAAAUUGGGCGAGGUACCAUCAGCAGCAUUAUGUGUGAUGAACGCUGCACUAUGGAUGUCAUCCCGGUGGACAUCGUUUGCAAUACGCUCAUUGCAGCCGCCUGGGAGAACGCUCACAUCGCGACGACACCGGUGCGGGUGUACAACUGCACUUCCGGUCAGGUGAACGGCAUCAAGUGGCAUGAGUACGGUCGGAUCACGCAGCGUUGUGCGGUUCGCAACCCAACCAAGCACGUGCUGCUGUAUCCUGGCUUCCGGUUCCGCACGAACCGGCUGAUGCAUAAGCUCAUCGAGAUGGUGUUGCACUUUCUUCCGGCGUACCUGUUCGAUGUCCUUGUGCGAGCGCGUGGAGGACAACCCAUAAUGGCACGGCUCGCACGCCGAUUAAAGCGAGCUGCCGAUACGGGCGAGUUCUUUGCCAUGCACGAGUGGACAUUCCGGAAUGACAACCUGCGGCAGCUUGGGAGGCGUGUGAGGCGAGACCGGGCGGCGGCGGACUUCCGGUGUGACGUUACCGGGCUCGAUUGGGAGGCGUACAUCGAGGCGUACAUGCUCGGUAUCCGGCGGUUCGUGUUGAAGGACGAUCUGGAGAGCUUGGAACCGGCACGGGCCAAGGUUCGCCGAUUGCUCUGGCUUAAGCGAGCCCUUCAGCUGGCAGCACUGCUGCUACUGUACUACCUGUGUACGCUGCUCUUCGCUCCGGCCAUCCGCACAUAG